AGAACCAAUGCGUUGGCGGUCUCCAUACAGCUGGGUACUUCAUAUCUCCUUCACCUUCUUUCCCCUUCCUCUCAUAUCUUCCUUUCCCACAUACCUCCCUUGAAUCUCCUUUGUGUCCCAACAAGAACAUGCAUAUUCAAAUGAAGAGCACGAAGCCUUACGUGGUAGCAAUCAUCAUACAAGUCAUCUAUACCGGCAUGUUCGUAAUCCUCAAGGCAGCCUUCAACCAGGGGUUCAGUACCUAUGUCUUCAAUUUCUACUGCCAGGCAGCAGCAUCUGUGUUGUUGCUGCCUAUUGCAUUUCUUCGUGAAAGGAAAAAUGUGAGUUCUAUGACGUUUGGGCUGCUGAUGAAGCUUUUAUUAUGUGCCUUAAUUGGAAAUACAUUUUGCAUAAAUCUGAUAAAUGUAGCACUGAGGUUGACAUCAGCUACUGUGCAAUCCGCGAUAGGCAAUUCCAAACCUGUCAUCACUUUCUGCUUUGCCUUGCUAUUAAGGAUGGAGUCUGUAAAGCUAAGCAAUCCAUAUAGCAUAGCCAAGGUAACUGGUGUAGUGAUAUGCCUUGCUGGAGUUUUUGUGAUCGCAUUCUAUGCUGGGCCGGCCUUAAGCCCUGUAAACCAUCACCGUGCCUUCCAUGCUAGUCAAACUUCCUCAAAUCCCAUGAGGAGGGUGACAUGGAUCAAAGGGACGUUUCUUAAGCUCCUCGGUGACAUCAUAUGGUGUCUGUGGAUCAUCGCUCAGGCUGCGCUGUUGAAAGAGUUCCCAAACAAGAUGCUUGUGACUGUGACACAGUGUGUUUUUAGCACAGUGCAGUCCUUAGUCGUGGCAGCUGUGGCCGAGAGGGACUCCUCAAGGUGGAAGCUAGGGCUAGAUGUCAGCUUGCUCGCCAUCAUAUAUACGGGAUUCAUAGUCACUGGGGUUUGCAACUACCUACAAGUGUGGUGCCUGGAGAUGAAAGGCCCUGUCUUUGUCAAUACCUGGUUCCCUCUCUGCUUUGUCUUGACAAUGUUCUGCUCCUCAUUCUUCCUUGGGGAGAUUGUUCACCUGGGAAGCAUUUUAGGUGGAAUCCUUCUGAUUGGAGGACUUUACAGUGUUCUGUGGGCUAAAAGUAAGGAAACAGUGAUUGAACCAUGCGGCGAUGCGGAUAUGACAUUUAGUGCACAAGAUGAGAUAGAAGAGAGGAAAUCUGAGGAGAAUAUGAAGGGUAGGGAACAGCACAAGGAAGUAUCAGCAUAUGCUGUUUAACAAGUGUGAUCGAUUGGUCUGACCAAGGCUAGCUCUUGCUCCUGCAUAUUCUAGCAUAUGUAUGUAUAUAAACCAUUUUAAUAUUGAAAUUUCAAACCUUAGCUACAGGUAUUGCCUACUCUCGAAAAAUUACAAUAUUAUCACAUAUUAUUCAUGCUAAACUUCAGAGGUGAUUUGGGAGAAUUCGUCUAGAAUGGUGAUACUUCAUAUUCUGCAAGAACAUGCUUAUUUCUAAUAGCUCCUAAUAGCUAUGAGGUAAAGGGAAAGCACUAGCUUGGGUGCAAAGUACAAUGCAGUGGUGAAGGGGAUUAGAAAUCUUGAUGCCAACAAAGCAUGUGGUGGUGAAGAGUAAGUAUAGGCUUCGCACCAAAGGAUCAUCUGAUCCGUGUGGAAUCGUAGGCAAUCCAUAUCGCUCACACGGAGAGUGCAAGAUACAUGAGAAGAACAGGAUGAUAAAGACUAUGUCGGCCAAGUCAAGGAUGAGACGAUUUGAAAGCAUGAGUCAGUGGUCAAACAAAGAAAGUGUAAAAGAUUUGAAGGCAUCAGGGCCUAGGAGGAGGUUUCACAUGCGUCAGUACUACUAAGUAAAACCACACAGGGCAUACAAGAGACCCUGACAAUUCGGACCUCAAAACCAAAUGUUGUCUUUGCUGGUUGAGGCCUACAAACCAAGUGGAGGCGAGUAGUAGGACGCAUGGCAUCAUUCGGAAGCUUGCAUAGAGGUGAAGCGAAAUCGUAAAGGUAUUGGUUUUUUCCAAUGUAGCGAUAAAAAAGAUGAACGAUCUUACCCUUGGGAGUAUUUAGAUUGUGUACUUCAUGUAUGGGUGUUUUUUUGUCUUUGUCUAGGUUCCUAGACAUAUUUGGAGUGGUUGGGUUGUGUUGUUAGUAUUGGCUAGGGUUGGAUAGAGAGGCGGAGAAAAGAUAGCAUCUUUGUUCUUGAGCAUUUUGUCAUCCAAUGCUUUAAGUGGUGCUAGGAGUGGCUUGUUAUCUUAAAUUUUGAAAUAAUCAAAUGAUCCAAUUUUCUCUCAAUAUUCCUCACCUUCUAAAUCUCUAAUUUUGUUAGUUUCCCUAUAUCGGGAGCUUUUUUGGGGUGAAUGACUAAUAUCUUGUUUAGCUGCAUUUUAAGGAAACAUUCUUGGGGAAGAAUGAUGCUAGGACAUGUGCAAGAACAUCUAGGGCGAUCCCCUGUCCAAUCCAAGAAUGACCGUUGGAUUUUGAGUUUUCCCCGUACCCUCUUUUCUUGUAUUCUUCGACAAAUCCAUAGAUUUGUGGUGAAGUUUAAAAUUCAUGAGACGCUACAUCGAAAAUUUCAUGAACUUUGGAGAUUGUUUGAUGGAGAGUGUACCUUUUGCCAAAGAUAUUGCACCAUGUCUUGA